CAACUUCUCCUGUGAGAUUAAUACAUUUAAAGUGGCACCACGUGUGAAUCUCGUUUUAACGAGCUGUUAUCAGUACCGGGCCUGUGAGCUGGGAUAAUAGUACAGGAAGUGGUUUGAUGGGUUUGUUUUGCAGGUCAAACCGCAGGCCUGUGUCGCUGCGUGGCAGAGAGUCAAGCUGUUAAAAUGCCAUCAAAAACAUCAACAUGCUGCUGGUGAAGAUCUGCAGACUGAUCCCUCCGUCGGUGGCCCUCGCCAGCUUUGUUGCGAUUCACAAUGACACAGCAGCAGCCCGGCCCUCCCCUCGGCGGCUGCAACACCCCCGCACACACUUCCUGGUUAUGGCUGUUUUCUCGGGGACUCGAGCCCUCGGCUGCCGCCUCGCUCUCAGGACGCCCGUCUCCUUCUCCCCGCGCAGACACACGCUCCUCCGCCGCAGCAUGAGCUCCGACGCGGCCCGCUUCGACUUCCUGGUGAUCGGCGGCGGCUCGGGAGGGCUGGCCGGCGCCCGGCGCGCCGCCGAGCUGGGAGCGACCACCGCCGUGAUCGAGAGCCACAAACUCGGAGGUACCUGCGUCAAUGUUGGCUGCGUUCCUAAAAAGGUUAUGUGGAAUGCUGCAGUUCAUGCCGAGUAUCUACACGAUCACAGCGAUUAUGGCUUUGAGACUGGAGACGUUCGUUUCAGCUGGGAAACUCUCAAAGCCAAAAGGGAUGCAUACGUUGCACACCUGAACCGCAUUUAUCGCAACAAUCUUGACAAGGCUAAAAUCCAGACCAUCCAAGGCUAUGCCAGGUUUACAGACGACCCUGAGCCCACUGUGGAGGUCAAUGGAAAGAAGUAUACGGCGCCUCACAUCCUCAUUGCCACUGGAGGGCAGCCUUCUGUUCUGAGUGAAGCUGAAGUUCCCGGGGCGUGUCUCGGGAUCACUAGUGAUGGCUUUUUUGAACUUGAAACCCUUCCAAAGCGCAGUUUGAUUGUGGGUGCUGGAUAUAUUGCAGUGGAAAUGGCAGGCAUUCUGGCCACGCUGGGGUCCAACACAUCCCUCAUUAUUCGACAGACGGGGGUUUUGCGAAACUUCGACACCUUCAUCAGCAACAACUGCACCAAAGAGCUGCAAAACAACGGCGUGGAUCUGUGGAAGAACUCGCAGGUGAAGUGUGUGAGUAAAACGGACAGAGGCCUGGAGGUGACGCUCAUCACGAAAGACCCGGAGAAGAAGAACGAUGAAGAAAAGACCACCGUCAUCCAGGAUGUGGACUGCCUCAUGUGGGCCAUCGGCAGGCAGCCCAACAUCGCGGGACUGAACAUCGGUGGGAUGAAGGUGGAUACGGAUGAGAGAGGCCACAUCAUUGUGGACGAGUACCAGAACACCUCUCGACCUGGCAUCUACGCCGUCGGAGACGUCUGCGGCAGAGCUCUUCUCACACCUGUUGCCAUCGCUGCAGGCAGGAAACUGGCACACCGACUCUUUGAAGGGAAGAAAAACUCCAAACUGGACUAUUCCAGCAUUCCCACGGUGGUGUUCAGCCACCCACCUAUCGGCACGGUGGGCCUCACUGAGGAGGAGGCUAUUAGAUCCAGAGGAAAGGAGAAUGUGAAGAUCUACAAGACUUCAUUCAAUCCCAUGUACCAUGCCAUCACAACCAGGAAGAGUCAAUGCAUCAUGAAACUAGUGUGUGUGGACAAGGAGGAGAAGGUGGUGGGUCUGCACAUGCAGGGCAUCGGCUGUGACGAGAUGCUGCAGGGAUUUGCUGUGGCCAUUAAAAUGGGAGCAACCAAGGCAGACUUUGACAGGACUGUUGCCAUCCACCCCACCUCAUCUGAGGAGUUUGUCACGAUGCGUUAAAACAAACGCAGUCCAAUCUUUAUAAAAUAAAACCAGCUACUCAGACAGUCACUCUGCUGUACUACUCUUAAAUCAGCUCCAAUAAUUGCUUUAUGAAAAUAGUUAUACAUUUCUAUUUCCUCUCAUCCAGGUGACCUUAUUCUUACGCAGUGUUCCACCUUUUUUCUCUAUUUCUUUUCUAAUUUUUACAGAAACGGACCAAGACUGCACAAUGGCCCUCUUGAACUGUACUGUGGGUCUUGAAAACUGAUUGAAAAUUCUUGAUUCAAUUUCAAUAAUUGUGAAAAGGAAGUGAUUGUCAAGAAAUUGCAUGGAAAGUCAAAAGACUUUUCUCACAGACUAUACGUUUUGAUUUGUCAGUUAUUUGUCAAAUGAAUCUAUUAAACACUGCUGCUCUUUGAGGCACCUAUUCACUACCAAUACAAGAUGAUGACGUAUAUCAACUGUAAUGUUCCAACGAUCCAAUAAACUCACAAGUUGUUUCUUAA